AUAAAGAAAGAAAGAGAGAAAGGAUUAGUUUUGCUCCUCCUCCUCCUCUUCCUCUCACUCUGCAAUCACACCAAUUCAUAUCCACUUGUUUUUAUCCCUCUCUCUCUCUCUCUCUCUCUCUCUACUCAACUCAAUCAUUCUCUCUUCUCUCUCUCUCUUUCUUUAGUAAAAAGCACACAGCUUUCCUCUCUUUAGUCUAGUUUUAGAUCUCUCCUUCCACAGUCACUUGCUUCUGAAUUCGAUGUCAAGACUCGGAAUUUACAUGGGUUUUGUUUAAAGAUCGUUUCUUUUUUAAUUUUAAAGGGUUUGUUUUUUUUUUUCUUGGAGAAGAUGGAGCUCCACACGAAUCAGAAUUCCGGUGUUUCGGACUCGACCCUUCAGCUUAAUUCCAGUGAUAAACACUCGAUUCCUUUCGUCGGAGCUAUGUCAACGACGACGAGUUCCACGUCUAAUUCAACAAGCACAAGCUCAGGAACCGCUCUCGCCGUUGUUAAACCCGCCGCCAAAAAGCCUUCUAAAGAUCGGCACACUAAAGUCGACGGCCGUGGACGGCGAAUCCGUAUGCCGGCGAUGUGCGCCGCUAGAGUUUUCCAGUUGACGAGAGAGUUAGGUCAUAAAUCCGAUGGUGAAACCAUAGAGUGGCUUCUCCAACAAGCUGAGCCAGCUAUCAUCGCUUCCACUGGAACCGGUACGAUUCCGGCGAAUUUCUCGACCCUUAACGCUUCUUUGCGCGGUGGUGGCUCUACCCUCUUCGCUCAGCCUUCAAAGUCUGCUUCUUCGCCACUCUCGUCGUUUCAUACCACAGGAAUGUCUCUGUAUGAGGAUAGUAACGGUACUAACAACGGAUCAUCAUCGGUUGAUCCUUCUAGGAAGUUGCUUAAUUCAGCAGCAGCCCCGCAGAACGCGGCCGCUGUUUUCGGGUUUCAUCAUCAGAUGUAUCCGCCGAUCAUGUCGACGGAGAGAGCUCCGAGUAAUUUAGUGAAGUCUUAUAGAGAAGAUUACUUCAAGGAGCCGAGUGGUUCUGGAGCUGAACCAAGUGGGAGUUCUCAGAAACAAGGUCAGUUUCAGGAUCAAGAAUUAGGUCAGGGGGGUCGUGCUGCUGCAACGGCUAAUGUGGUGCCUCAACCUAUGUGGGCGGUUGCGCCAGGGACUACUAAUGGAGGAAGUGCGUUCUGGAUGCUUCCGAUGAGUGGUUCGGGUGGGAGGGAGCAGAUGCAGCAACAGCCUGGUCACCAGAUGUGGGCGUUUAAUCCAGGGAAUUAUCCGGUUGGGUCAGGACGAGUUGUAACUGCACCAAUGGGGUCAAUGAUGUUGGGAGNAGCUAAUAAAUCAGAAUAG